CUGGAGUGCCGCGGUAAUUGGCUGGAUGUGGUACUUGGAGAUGUUGAGCUGGCUCCUUCCCCCCAUGUCCCUGCACACACACAGGGGCGGGUGGUGCGGGCGGGAGCGGGAGGCAGGGCUCAGCCCCGGCGGUAGUGGGGCUCCCCCCAUUCCCUGUUUGCCCGCCGCCGUGCCCGAGCCGUUCCUGCUGCUGGGCUGCUGCCUGCGGCCGCAGGACCCGGCCGAGCCGGGCCGAGGGGAGCGCGGGCGGCUGCUGGCAGCGGCCGAGAUGAUGGCGGAGGGCGGCGGCGGGCCGGCGCGGAGGAAGGCGCUGUCGCUGCUGGAGGCGGCCCGCUCCCGCUACGAGAGCCUGCAGAUCUCCGACGACGUCUUCGGGGAGUCGGGCCAGGAUAGCAGUGGGAACCCCUUCUACAGCACCUCGGCCGACUCCCGCUCCGCCGCCUCUUCCCAGGACGAGGAGGACGACGAGGAGGACGAGGGGCGCCCCGAGGGGCCGAGCCCGCGGGGCAGGGUGGCCCGGCGCCGCGUCCCCAGGGCGGCGGCCACCCCGGCGGAGCGGCGGCGCCAGCGGCAGGUCGGCGGCGGCGGCAGCUGCGCUGUCCCGGGCGGCCUCGGCCCUAUGGAAGAGGAGGAGGAGGAGGAAGCGGAGAAGGGGGGCUGGACCCGGUCGCUGCGAGACGUCCCACCCCCUCACUUCAAGGAUGGCAGCGGUCCAACACGAAAGAUGCCCCUGACUGCCAGUGCCAUGGACUUUUUUCAGCUCUUUGUACCUGAUAACGUGCUAAAGAAUAUGGUGGUCCAAACCAACAUGUACGCCAAGAAGUACCAGGAGAGGUUCGGUAGUGAUGAUGCCUGGAUUGACGUCACCUUGACAGAAAUGAAGGCCUUCUUAGGCUACAUGAUAUCAACCAGCAUCCACCACUGUGAAUCUGUUCUCAGCAUCUGGAGCAGUGGCUUCUACAGCAACAAGAGCAUUGCACUUAUCAUGACGCAGUCACGGUUUGAGAAGAUCCUGAAGUACUUCCACAUUGUGGCCUUCCGCUCGAGCCAGACAACGCAUGGCCUCUACAAAAUCCAGCCCUUUCUGGACUCUCUGCAGAAUGGCUUUGACUCUGCUUUUAGACCUUCACAAGCCCAGGUACUACAUGAGCCUCUGAUUGACGAGGAUCCCGUUUUCAUUGCCACGUGCACAGAGAGGGAGCUGCGCAAGAGGAAAAAGAGGAAAUUCAGUCUCUGGGUUCGGCAGUGCUCAUCCACUGGUUUCAUCUGCCAGAUUUAUGUCCAUCUCAAAGAAGGGGGUGGUGCUGAUGGGCUGGAUGCUUUGAAGAACAAACCACAACUCCACAGUAUGGUGGCCAAAAGCCUUUGUCAGAACGCCUCUGGGAAGAACUACAUCAUCUUCACUGGCCCAAGCAUUACCAGCCUGAAUCUCUUCGAAGAAUUUGAGAAGCAAGAGAUCUACUGCUGUGGUCUGCUGAGUGCCAGGAAGAGUGACUGCACAGGCCUACCUCCAUCCAUGCUGAACAACCCUGAAAGUCCCCAGUCCAGAGGACAGUACAGAAUAAGAAUGAAGGGAAACAUGUCCUUGAUCUGCUGGUACAAUAAAGGGCACUUUCGUUUUCUGACCAACGCCUAUUCACCGGUUCGACAAGGAGUUAUAAUUAAGAGAAAAAGUGGAGAAAUUCCAUGCCCGUUGGCAGUUGAAGCCUUUGCUGCUCACCUUAGCUAUAUCUGCAAAUACGAUGACAAAUACAGCAAGUAUUUCAUUUCUCACAAACCAAACAAGACCUGGCAACAAGUAUUCUGGUUUGCCAUCAGCAUCGCUAUUAACAAUGCCUACAUCCUCUACAAAAUGUCGGAGGCCUACCAUGUGACGAGGUACAGCCGUGCACAGUUUGGCGAAAGACUUGUAAAGGAGCUUCUGGGCUUGGAAGACACCUCACCCUCCCAUUGAUGCAUUGUUCUUGGUGGCACAGGCAGGGGGUGGAGGGUAAGCAGAAGAAGAUACCACACGUGGAACGGCAAAGCAAGGAACUUGUGACACCACCAGUGCUGUCCUUAUCCAAAAAUGCCAAGUGAUGCUACUAGAGAGGUGGGAACUUUGUUCCUGGUAGCAACUGGAUGUAAACAUGUCCUGCAGAAAGUGCCACUGGAAAAGCUGACACAAAACUGCAUACGUGAAUGCCCUGUGGAAAUCUGUACACCAGAAACAGUCUUAAAUUAGUCGUCAUCUCAAUACUAUUUGUUGAAGAGGGUCAUCUUGUAACGUUCCUCUUGGGCUAAGAGCGUGUCAUGUAUGUCAUAGCUCAGCAGUCCUAGGCGGGCAUUACAGAAAACUCUAUACCAUGCUUGGAGUUAUUUAAUUCUGGGACAAGCACCGUAAGUCUGCACCAUGGGCUGUGGUUGAGAGAGACUGCUGCCCUGUCCAGCAUCGCCGCUGUCCGUCCUCCCUCCCAGUGUGCGAAACGAAGCAGUUCAGAUACACCAACACUGAAGCAAGCGUAUUGACAAAUAAAACCUUCCCAGGCAGGCAGCCAGGAACCGAGGACCAGUUAUGACUUUUUAUUUCUGUCUUCUUUUCUUUUUUUUUCCUUUGUUUUUAUUAGUGUAAUGUAAGGCAAUUUGAUCCCGGUUAGAACGCAGCAAAACUAGGAGAAACCAAAUACAGUAGUAAAUGUAAAAUGGAAACGCAUUACAUUGAUUUUCUUUUUUAACCAAGAUGAAAUGUUUUAUACACAAACAAACAGUGAGUAAUACUGUGUUAACAGUGAGUAAACCAGUCAGUAAUACUGCCUCAUAACUUAACUGCCACGGUUAGUGUGUAGGUGAGAAAUCAGAAUAUAACAAUUACAUUUUUUUUCUUGAUUUCAACUGUCUUAAAUGUUGCUUAAAAAUCUAACGUAAUGGACUGUUAAGUGUUUAGGAAUCACAAUUUAUUUCUUUUUAUUUGUAACUGUCAAGACUUUUUUUGUCUGUUUUAGAACUUCAUUUGGCACACAGUUGGCAAGAAAAAUAAGUCACUAAUAGCAGUGUGUUUCCCAUUAUCACUGCAGGAUGUUCUGUAGGAAUUCUUCUUGUUAGAAUUCAGGGCUUGUCACAGUAGUUGUAAUUAAGCAGUUUACAUGUUUAGCAAAAUAGCAUAGCAUUGUGUUUUACAAAAUGAAAUAAGUCCAAUUAAAACCAGACCUUAAAACCUCACUAAA